GCCGCCGUCUCUGUACGCUUUUCGAUGCCAGUGAGCAUACACACGCGUUCACGUCUCUCUGGUUCUUCUUUCGCGAGUGAUUGAACUGCGCGGCGGCGGGUGGAUAAUUUUAGAGGUUUUGUGAGAAGCACCGUACUGUGUGAAAUUUUUCCACCGAUUAGGUAGCUCUGAUCUGGUGGUGUGUUUUGUGUGUGAUUACGAACGAUUCCGAUCGCUGCUAAGCGAAAUGCUGCGAUUGCCAUCUCUGCUGACCAAGAGCGCCCUGUCCGCGGCCCGCGGACUGUCGGCCGCCACGUCGACGCAGCGUGGACUGCAUUUCACCGUUGGUCAGAACAACGCCAAAUUGAACCCGGGUGCGAUCUCGAAGGAAUACCCGGUGGUCGACCAUACGUACGAUGCCGUCGUGGUCGGUGCCGGUGGAGCCGGUCUCCGCGCUGCCUUCGGUCUGGUUGCCGAGGGCUUCAAGACUGCCGUCAUUACGAAAUUGUUCCCAACCCGGUCCCACACCGUGGCGGCCCAGGGUGGAAUCAACGCUGCACUGGGAAACAUGGAGGAGGACGACUGGAAGUGGCACAUGUACGAUACGGUAAAGGGUUCGGAUUGGCUGGGAGACCAGGAUGCGAUCCAUUAUAUGACCCGCGAGGCCCCGAAGGCCGUCAUCGAGCUGGAGAACUACGGUAUGCCAUUCUCGCGUACUCCGGACGGUAAAAUCUACCAGCGAGCAUUCGGUGGACAGAGUUUGAAGUACGGUAAAGGAGGCCAGGCCCAUCGGUGCUGUUGCGUUGCCGAUCGUACCGGACAUUCCCUGCUGCAUACGUUGUACGGUCAAUCGUUGAGCUACGACUGCAACUACUUCAUCGAAUACUUUGCCUUGGACUUGCUGAUGGAGAACGGCCAGUGCGUGGGAGUGAUUGCCCUGAACCUGGAAGAUGGAAGCAUUCAUCGUUUCCGUUCGAAGAAUACCGUGUUGGCCACCGGAGGAUAUGGUCGUGCCUACUUCUCGUGUACCUCGGCUCACACCUGUACCGGAGACGGAACCGCGAUGGUUGCUCGUGCUGGUUUGCCUUCUGAAGAUCUGGAGUUUGUGCAGUUCCAUCCAACUGGAAUCUACGGUGCCGGAUGUCUGAUUACCGAGGGAUGUCGCGGUGAGGGUGGCUACCUGAUCAACUCGCAGGGUGAGCGCUUCAUGGAACGUUAUGCUCCAGUAGCUAAGGAUUUGGCUUCUCGUGACGUCGUUUCCCGCUCGAUGACCAUCGAAAUCCGCGAAGGUCGCGGCUGUGGCCCUGAAAAGGAUCAUGUCUACCUGCAGCUGCACCAUCUGCCCCCAGAGCAACUGGCCCAGCGUCUUCCGGGUAUUUCGGAGACGGCCAUGAUUUUCGCCGGUGUCGACGUCACCCGUGAGCCGAUUCCAGUGCUGCCAACUGUGCAUUACAACAUGGGCGGUGUCCCUACCAACUACAAGGGUCAGGUCCUUACUGUAGACUCCAGCGGAAACGAUCACGUUGUUCCCGGAUUGUACGCUUGCGGUGAAUCGGCCUGCUCGUCGGUGCACGGUGCCAAUAGAUUGGGUGCCAAUUCACUUCUGGAUCUGGUUGUGUUUGGUCGCGCUUGCGCCAAGACGAUCGCCGCCGAGAAUCGCCCCGGAGAAAAGAUCGCCGAUAUCAAGCCGAACGCCGGUGAAGCCUCCGUUGCCAAUCUGGAUUGGGUUCGUAACGCCAACGGAGCCGUUCCUACCUCGACCCUGCGUCUGAACAUGCAGAAGACCAUGCAAACGCAUGCGGCGGUGUUCCGCGAGGAGAAGACCCUGCAGGAGGGUGUCCGCAAGAUGGCCGACAUCUACAAGACGAUCAAGGAUGUCAAGGUGUCCGACCGGUCGCUGGUGUGGAACUCGGAUCUGGUGGAAACUCUGGAGCUGCAGAAUCUGCUGCUGAACGCCAAUAUGACCAUCACGGCCGCCGAGAACCGGAAGGAAUCCCGUGGUGCCCAUGCCCGUGAGGAUUACAAACACCGGGUGGACGAAUACGACUACAGCAAGCCCCUGGAGGGUCAGCAGAAGAAGCCCGUUGAAGAGCACUGGCGCAAGCACACGCUGACCUGGAUCGAUCCGGAAACGGGCGCCGUCAAGAUCGACUACCGACCCGUCAUCGAUCAGACCCUGAGCGAGGAAUGCAACACCGUGCCACCAGCAAUCCGUUCCUACUAAGAGUGAGAGCCGAGCCAAGUUCCGAGCGUUUCCUCCACGCAAGCAAGCAACUACAACAACAUCUGCUUCACGACCGGUUACCCCAGUACGUACGGAAACCUACCGAAUCAUCGUGUGACGGCGUGAGCAGAUAUAGAGGAACAACCACGCGUGAAACGGAAAGAGUGAUUAUAAGCAAAAGAAGCGAAGCUUGCGCGCGACAGAGUAUUAAUUGUGAAAAUAUCCUGAAACAUCAUGAUAGAUUCAUAAGAACAUCUUUAUCUCAUCUACCGAAAUGGUCCCAUCAUCUUUGCAAUCAACUUUAAAAAGCAGAAACAGAAGCAACACAAUAGAGAAACGCCUUUGGGACAUCCUCAUUACACGUUACAAACUAGGAGCGAGCGCCUUGGCAGUUAACAUCGCAGGCCCUCCAAGGAGCAGCAAGAAGGCAGUCCCGGCCGAACCCAGUGAAGUCAAAAUUGUGCUUAACUUAUUUUAGGAUCUACUUGAAAAAGGAAACAAAAAACUUUCAAACGUGCUAAUGGACAUGGUUUAUCAUACGGAAUAUUAUUUAUUGUUAGCAAAGCGUUUCACGGAAAGAAACCAACAACGUACUUCUACGAAGCAAAGCAAAUAAAAUUUAGAUUCGUAGCUUAAAUUCUUUGA